CAUUGUCUCAGAACUCACGAGUUCUAUUCUAUGCCAUUUGUCAUUUUGAACUCUUUUGUCAUAACAAGCAAAUGUAAUUUAUUAGUUUGUACUUUUUGUAGUGGAAGAUUAUCUUUUAAAUAAAAACAAAAAAAGUGAUGUUUUAAAAUGGUAGAACCUAUAUUCGAUUACCAAUUUCGCUUAAUAUUAAUAGGUGACAGUACUGUGGGAAAAAGUUCUCUGUUGAAAUAUUUCACGGAUGGAAAAUUUGCUGAGCUUUCAGAUCCUACCGUAGGAGUGGACUUUUUCGCAAGGCUUAUUGAAGUGAAAGAUGGUACUAGAAUCAAACUUCAACUAUGGGAUACGGCAGGACAAGAGAGAUUUCGGUCCAUAACAAAGUCAUAUUAUAGAAACUCGGUCGGUGCUCUCCUGGUAUAUGAUAUUUGUAACAGGGCAAGUUUCGAACACAUACCAGUGUGGAUGUCAGAGGCCAGAAGACACAUUGAGCCCCAUCGUCCAGUUUUUGCCCUUGUGGGCUGCAAAGUAGACCUUGUCAACAAUGGAGGUCAACGAGAAGUGUCGAAAGAGGAAGCGAAAGCGUUUGCGGAUCAGCAUGGUCUGUUUCACAUGGAAACAUCCGCAAAGACUGGCAUGAACGUGGAGGAAUCUUUCAAAUGUGUCACUCAAGAAGUAUUUAACAGAAUUCAAACAGGUGAAUAUAAAGUAGAAGAUGGUUGGGAUGGUAUUAAAACAGGUUUUGCCAGACCUAAUGGUCUAGAUUAUAAUUUAGUUGAAGCCGAGGCAGCAAAGUCAUCCUGCUGUUAGGUUGGCAUGGAAAUGGUGAUUUUUAUCAAGUGAUUCUAUAAAUUAUGUAAAUAUAUGUUUAAGGUAUUCAGAUUGGUGAUAGUGUAUAGCGAAGUAGACUUGCUAUGAAAUACUGAGUCUAAAAACUAUUUUUAGAAACUGUUCAAUCUACAGUAGGAAGGACUAAAUGUCGUUUGAAAAAUAUUUUAUUUCUAUGAAUUCUCAACAAAUACCAACUUGGAGCAUAUUAGCUUUAGAUUAUGAACAUCUGCAGGAUACCCAUUUGACAGCUAUUUGCCAAAUAAUGUAUAAACAAUGGACAUCCAAAUGUAUAUAAAUGUCCAGAAAAUACUAACCUGUAUGUCUAUGAGAUAUCCAUCAGGGACAUCCAUAUAUCAUCCUUCAAGGACAUUCUUGAAAUACCCUUUUUUUUUUGUUGGUAGUCUGAAGAAGUAGAAAACAAAAAGUGCAAGGAAUUAUCUUAGCAAGACAAGCAAAAAGAUCUAAAUGUCAUUGCUGUUCAUCUUUAUUUUGAAAAUUAAAUAACGUUCAACUUCAUAUAAGCAGCUCUUCAGAUGAACUAUUCAUUUUUUUUGUUUAUUUAAUGUCAUAUGGAUGUCCACUACAGGUCUACCGAGGGAUAUUUUAUAGACAAUCAUUUUAUGUCAAGGAUAUUUCGACCUGAAUUGGAUAUACGUAGGAUUUUUUGUGUUGUGUGGAAAUCCUGAUGUGAUUCACUGUCAGAAGAGAAAUGAAAAAGUUUUUGGGUAGUAUCGACUUUUGGUCUCUGCUGUAGAUUUAAGUAUAUAUUGAUCAAAUGGUUCACUUACAAUGAGAUUUAUGGAACAUAUAUUGAAUUAGAGUAUAUAUCAAACAGAACCUAUAUGGGAAUCAUAGAAUAGAUUACAUAUACGCUAUGCCUAUUUAUUUUUUUAUUUUUGAACGAAUUACUGAAAAUGGAGAGUUAUUUGCACUUUCAUUUCUGCCUCAUUUGGAAGUUGAAGUUUUCUACUAUAAACAUUUUGAAAUAGUCAAAUAAUUCAUAAAUCAUGAAUGAUUGUGGGCUUAAUAAUAAUUGUUUGUCAUUUGUUGUUUAUUGAAAUCAAUGUUCAAAGGUUGUAAAUUAUCUCAACAAAAAAGUUAUCAAUUAUGUAUUUAUUCAAUUUCUGAUAGAGGUACAAGACUGGUUGUACUUUGCUGUUGACCAAGGCCAGAGAAUGCUAAUAUUGAUUAGGAGAUAUGAAUUCCAAUUGGUUUUUUCUGUUCAGUAUUCGAAUGUCAAUGGAGAGCAUUGAAUUUAUUAAUUUUAAAAUUAUUUAUAUGAUAACUUGUGAUGAGUGCAACUGAAAUAGUUCAGUAUUUUGAAACAACUCUUUGAGCUUUUGUUUCUUCAGUUUUGCCAAUAGAAUUAAUCCAACAGAAAAAAUUCAAUAAAUCUCCAUCAUAACUUGGUGUGAUCACACAAAGUUUUUCAUAAUUUUUUCCAGUAAUUUUCAUUCUUUUAUUAUUUCACCUGUGUUUGGUUGUUACUUGAAAUUUUUAACACAUAUUUCUCUACAAUUUCAGUACAAAAAUCAAUAUGUUGAAAUAAUGAUCUGUAUCAGUCUUUUUCUUGUUUGAUUAUUUAUAGAUAGAUUGAUUUUUUUAAUCACGAUAUUCAGUACAUUUAUGACAAGUCAAAACAGUUGGUACAAAUGAUUGUAAAGACCAAUUAGUAGUAAAAAAUAAAACUCUGGGUAUUCACUAAUAUUUGGAUUUUAAAAAUUAGUAAUUGUCAACUUGAAUUGACAUAAACACUUAACUUUUUACAUGUUAUGUACUUAUUAGUAUGAAUUUGUAUUCAGAAUUUUUGGCAUAUUUACAAACUUGUGUGCCAACUUUGAAAAACUUGACUAUGCCAAAUAAAAAUGGUUCAAAUAAAUUCAUUGGUACUACAAUUUUUGAUACCUUCAUGCAGCUAUUCAAACUUCUUUAACAUAUUUUAAAAUUAACUAGUAUAAACAAUUGAAAUACUUCAACUUUUGAUGUUUUUUAUAAUUUUUUUCAAUAUCUUCAUUGUAUUAUCAAAAGUUCAACAGUAGAUUAUCUAUAAUCGACAGCUCAAACUGAUCAGUCGAUUAUAGAUAAUUGACAGUUCAAACUCAUGAUUGGAGCUGAAUAAUCGAGUGCUUGAAAAAUACUCAGUAUCCCUUCAGCACUUUUUUUUUCUAUCAAUUUUAAUCGAUGAUGAUUUCUAUUGGAGCUCAACAAAUUAUAUUAAUUUUAGUAAUGUAUGAGUACCUACUUGAUCUAGUCCAAAAACAUUCACAUAAUUUUAAGAGAAAUUUGACAUGUUAUUAUGUACAAUAAUGUACUGAUUUGCACUUAUUGAAUAAUAAAAAAAAUUAAAAUUUUGA